GUUAGUUUGUCUACUUUCGGCUGCAGUGUAGCGGAAGGCAGGAUUCAUCUCGGCAAAAGGAGAGUGGUUGGGAGUCUAUAGCUGUAUUUGCGUUAAUGUACCAUCGGCGUAUAACUACUGUUAUGAUGGGUCAAUAAGUUAGGUGGAUGGAGUGAGAAGCUGGAAUGAGAAGGCCCUGGUGUUUGAGUAAGGUUUCAGAGGUCACCAUCCCAUGUCCAGCCCUGAUUGACAGAAUCGUCUUCAUCUCUUAUUUUCUUUGCCUAAAUUCUGCAUCAUGAAGGCGGGAGGACGGGGGGCGGAGCCGCCCGUGGAGGGAGAGGUGAGUGGCAAGCGGCCGAAGCGCAAGUGUCUGCAGUGGCACCCGCUCCUGUCCAAGAAGACCCUGGACUUCUCCGAGGACGAAGAGGAGGAUGAUGAGGAGGAGCUAGAGAAGCAGCCCCCGUCACUCUGUGGAAAGAGCCAGAGCAAGGAGGCUGAGGGCGGGGUUGGGACAGAGGAAGAGGAGGAUGAGGUGGAGGAGGAAGACUCUUCGGAGCAGCGUGCCCGGCGUCCCAUGAACGCCUUCCUCCUGUUCUGCAAGAGGCACCGCUCCCUGGUGCGGCAGGAGCACCCCCGCCUCGACAACCGCGGGGCCACCAAGAUCCUGGCCGACUGGUGGGCCGUCCUGGAGCCCCAGGAGAAGCAGAAGUACACGGACAUGGCCAAGGAGUACAAGGAUGCUUUCAUGAAGGCCAACCCGGGGUACAAAUGGUGCCCCCCAUCCAACAAGUCCAUGAAGGCCCCUUCCUCUUGCGCCGGCUCCCGCAAGAAGGCCUGGCCGUUCCCUUCUGAGGUGCCCAAGGACUGCGCUGCUUCCAAGAAGCUGGCCAAGGCCGAGAGCGUCCCGCAGAUCCACUUCUCCAUGGCGGAUCCUACCAAGAUGGGGGGGCUGAGCAUGCUGCUGCUGGCCGGGGAGCACGCCCUGACAGCCCGUGAGAUCUCCUCAAAAAAGGCCCCUUUGGCUACGGACUCCACCAAGCAGACUGGGAGGUCAGACUUGGGCCAGUUAGCUGAGGUUUCCUCUGGGACCCCCCAGCCCACCGCUGUGGACUCGGCCACAGAGGCGAAGGUCUUGCAGGUGGACCCAGCCAAGACUUCUUCUGGAACAUCACGACUGGGGCCCACUGACCCCACGAAGGCCUGCGUGAGUCCUCCUGUCUUCCGCCCCCCUGAGGUAUCCAGCGGUGCCCAGGCUGCUGUACCUGAAGGCAGGCAGUGUGGACAGUCUGCUCUUUUCCAGCUGGCUGAGAUGUGUCUGGCGUCGGAGGAGAAGAAGACCGAAACCUCAGCACCACAACCAGGGGGUCAGUCCCCCGCUGCCCCCUCGACAGGCAUUGCCACGGAGACGGUCGCUAGGGAACAGGCCGGUGACGCUCGGGGAGCCCCUCUGUCCUCCCCCUCCGUCUCUUCCUGCUCCUCCUCCUCUCUCUCCGCCUCCUCCACCCCAACCAACGACACACCCCCUCCGCUCAGCCAGCCCCACGCCCCGAAGAAGAAGAAGAAGAAGAAGAGGGAAGGGUGCGGUGCCGGAGAGGGCGGAGCCAGCAAGGCCGAGGGCCGGAGCGCGUGCCCCCCCGCCAAGCCCUGCAAGAGGAGCCCGUCCUCGGAGUCCGACCUGGAGAGCCUCAUCGACACCAUCGACGCCGUCGCCAAGGGGUCCUGGGGCGUCGAGGACGACAGGAAGAAGCCCCUCCCACCCGCAGACCCCAGCUUCACGAAGAGGAAGUCGAGGCCCAAAGCCAGGAAGCCCGUCAAGGCGCAAGAGGAGGAACGGGAAGAGGAGGAGGACCGCAAGCCUGUGGAUGCGCACGUGCCCAUGGCCUGCCCUGGGUCUGAUGGAGAAGGGGAGGAGCCCAACGUGAAGACAGAGCCCUCAGCCGGUGCAGAGGAGGUGCUGGCUCCACCAAGCCCCUUAGCCAUGCCCAUGAAGAGUGAGGAUAAGAUGGUCAAAUUGGAGAGCUGUGGCUCCAGGAAGUCGGAGAGGACCUGUAAGGGGGCCCUGUACAAGACCCUGGUGUCUGAAGGAAUGCUCACCUCACUGAGGGCCAAUGUGGACAGAGGAAGAAGAGGCUCUGGCAGAGGGAGUGUCUCAGACGUAGAGGGCAGCUGGCCUGAGGAGAGCUGGACCUUAACUCCGCCAGGAGGCAACAAUGGCAAGAAGCUUAAGAAGUCUAAAUCAAGAGACGAGCCUGGCCCUGGUCUCGGGAAGCUGGAGGAGGAGUUUGAGAAGAAGUUCAACAGCCUGCCUCAGUACAGCCCCCUGGCCUUCGACAGGAAGAGCGCCUGCAUCACCAAGAGGAAGAAGAGCUGUGAGGAGGAAGAUGAAGAUCCGCCCGUACCUGUCAGAGGUUCAUCUCCAUCUCAGAAAAAGAAUUUGUUCCACAAGAUUGUUAGCAAGCAUAAGCACAGAAAGGAACAGCCCGCUACCAUGGAAAAAGCCAUGCUGGCUCAAACCUCCGCAGCCAUGUCAGCUGAAACCCUGCCCGCUCCACAUCCAGACCAGACAGCCAAACAUGCUGUGCCCUGCCCCGCCCUGUACCCAGAGGGCCAGUCUGGGGCGGAGACGCUGGUGGGCAGCCAGAAGAGGAAGGCGAGGAAGAGGAAGAUAACUCACCUGGUGCGCACAGCUGACGGCAGGGUGUCCCCGGCAGAGGGAGACCGAGCCAGAGAGGCACAGAAUCAGGAGGAAAAGCCAUCGACCCAAAAGAGUUUAUGCAACGAAGACCAGUCAGUGCAGCAUGAGGCAUGCACUGCCACUGCAGUCCCCGCCGACCGGCCCGGUGUGUCCGGCCUCCCCGCGUUUUUCAGUCUGGCCGCACUGGCAGAAGUGGCAGCCAUGGAGAACGUGCAACGAGGCCCGCACUCUGCCAGUCUGCCUCAGGAGGGCCAGUCCAAGGAGAUUGCACAGACCCACGUCCUCAUAUCCUGUGGCGACCAGUGAGGACGGACGGACAGACGGACAGAUGGACACUGCGCUCUUCUCUUCUCCUCCCCCCGAGCCCUGGGAUUGCGAGACGGACCGGAGCUUUGGGUGAGCCUGGCUGGGGAUGAGCGUGGGGAGGAGGGGUGGGCCACCCGUCAGACGCUUCCAUUAGAGGGAGCUCUCGGGUAGCCCUCUCUGAAGGAGGAACCCAGCCCCACCCAGGAGUUUGGCUCUUCCAUCAGGUGGCUACAAUUGGUGGCAUUGCUCAACGGAGGGCUUCUGGGAUUGCACAGGAAAAAGGCAUUUGAAGGACCUCUGUGUACUCUGUGUAUCCUACCCCUACGGACGUUCUUUUCCUUCAGUGCCGCCUCAUCACCUCUGCGAGACCUUGGCUGCCCUUGUCUGACCCUCUUUGAAUAAGCCCCGCUAUUGUCCUGAACACCUCCCUUAACCAGACUGGCACAAUGUGGGUCGAUAUCCUUCAAGACCUCAAAAUGGCUUCCAAAUGUUACCUCCCUCUCUGCUUCUUAGUCCGUUACUGUGGCUCAGAUUCAGUGUCUCAGGUGCUUGAUGUCUAGCGGACUCCGGAAACAAAGUCACUCACUCCAGUUUCUACAAAUUCAAGUCAUCCUGCCACCGCCGGCAAUGACAUUCACAAGCCCGGAGUCUUUGGUCACAAACUUUGUUUCCUUUGGUUUGCAUCAUCGCAUUUAUCUUAACUGUUUAGUCCAACGAGGGUAUAUUCAUGAUUUUGAUUGGACAAUCAUGCCCAUUUUACCACAAUGGAGUGAUGUUUGUGCACAUAAAUUAACCACAAUCACUACAAAUAACACUGAUGUGAUGUUCUCCUUUUCCCUUCAUUACAACUUAAAAUUAAAGGCAGACUAUUAUUAUGCAAUACACAGCAUAUAGUUCAGAUUUCAUUCAAAGCUUUCAUAUACCUAACAGCUACAAUAUCUAGUGUUAAGAGCAGAACCGGAAUCUACUAACAUGUAAGAUUCACAUAAUUAUGUAAUGUUUAUUAUGUCCACUGAUCAGCAUAUUUAGUCUGUGGACAGAUUUACAUUUGACAAUUCAAAGCAUAAUUCAGAUGAAAUGCAUUUUUGUCAGCUCGGUAGACUAGCAUCUACCGUAGAUAAAUGGUCCAGUUGUGUGUUGCUAGUUUCCUAAAGCAAAUAGUGUAAUAACACAGACACUGCACAAUUUCUUUUGAGCUUGAAAAAGGCUGUUUUGUUUAAAAACAUUUGUAAUUUCUUUCCUGUUUCAUAUCAUUUCUAAUUCUGUGUUUUCACUGAAUGUUUUUAACUCCUUUAAAUCUCUAAAAUUAACUGACAACUUAAAAAAUGCUGUUAGAUUCUAGAAAGCUGGAAGCUUAGAUUCUCAAACGCUGACUGAAUACUGCUUUAUAGAUACUACUUUAUUUCAAUCACAGCACAUAGUCGAAUUGACUUGAAAUACCCAGACGUGGGUUCCAUUCCACAUUGUGUACAGAUAUGUAUGUUUUUCUUUGGGAGCUUUUAUUUUGACAGGGAGGGCUGGUUUUACUGUGAGAUGCUGUACCCCUGUGUCAGCUCAGUUUUAAAGCUACUGUCUGGUAUACCACUUUUCACAUUUCCAUUUAGGGUUUCUAUAUUUAAAAAAAUUGCAACUAUAUGAUCCUUAUAGUUCAUCAUUUGGUCAAAAAUAUAAGGGGCGAAAUAUGUUUUUUAAAUAAGACAUGGUGUUUGACCGGAUACAUUAGAAUGCAUUACUCUGUCCCAAACCUGCUCAUUCUCUACAGCUGGGAGUAUUUGCAGUUCUUCACAGACAGGUACAAAUGGCUCAUUAGCUAAACCAGAUAGCUUUCUGUGCUACUCUGGAGAAUCCGGAUUGGGCCUUGUUAGUUAAUCGAGUAAGUAUGCAGAAAUAUGCCACCCAUACAGUUAACAAUGACCAUGGCUGGUGGAAGGAGCCAGAAAUCUGUCUGUGAACUGUGACUAGCUCCUGUAGCUGUUUAGAAACUGUCUCAGUCAGUACAAGUCGGCAAGUUUUUUUACUCUUCAGCCGUUGAAGGACAAGUCUGACGUAAUUGUAUUAUUUUCCAUAUUGUCAACAUAUCCAAUGAGAGUGUUUUUGUCUGACAUUCUCCAACCCGGUUUAUUACUCAACCAGAAAGUCAUUAAUUCAGGUUGUGUGCUAAAGUAACUUAAUGCAGCUCAGAAAGUCUUAUUUUUAUUUUCAGAAAACACAACCCAUUGCCACAAAAAACUGACCGGUGUAGUUUUCCCCAAAUGUACUUAAAACGGAGCAAAUUUCUUAUUUUGACAGCCACUAUUUUCAGUAUUUCAGUGAAAACUUCCACAUGGAAAAAGCAAUCGAUGUCGCUUGAAGUUGGUUCAGUAAAAAGAACAAAAGCCUGGUUCACUGGACACUUGCGGGUAUGCGGGUAGGAUAAAUUCAUUGUAGGUUUCAGUUUUCAUGUGUUGACCAUACUGGAAAAAUUGAAUUACGGCAGUUUGUUGCACUACUGUGGCUGACCACAGACAUUCCCCCCCUAAGGUUUCAUAGGCCCUGUCAUAGAUUAGUGGUGCUGCUUGUCAGGCCUUACUGACGUCCAUACAUCACUUCCCACUCUUGUUUUUAUAAGCUUGUCUUUGAUAGGUUUAUAAGCUUGUCUUUGAUAGGUUUAUUUUAUUUUUUGGUUCUCCGGUCAACAUAUAUUUUCCUCCCAUAAUAUUUUCCGUGAGUUUCAGUGGUACCUUUUUCAUAAAAACGAUUAAUAAUUUUUGCGUGUGGUAGUUUAGGACCAUUGUUUUAUACAUUUAUAUUCUUGACUUUAGAGUUUCUUUCCCUUGGUACCCAGUUUACAGGAUUAUUAUGACUGUUCUCAAAGAAAAAAAAUCUGAGCAAAAUACAAAAAAAAGAGAGUGCCUAUAGUAACCUGAAUCGGAGAUUGGAGAGUAGUGGCCCCUGACUCAUUCCUUGCUUGUGAAUCUAUGAAAUUCCUCAAGCUUUGCUUGUUGAGCAUUGUGGAAAUGAACAGAGCACAGUCUCUUCAAUGUGCAGUCUUCAGAUUAGUGCAGUUGAAACCAUGACUCCCGGUACUAUAGUGCAAUACAAUGGAAGAAAUUAUUUUUUUUACAGUACUAUAUCUUCACAUUUUUUGGAGAGUGGAACUAAAUACUCCUUUAAGGUAUUUAGCAGCGGUACUCUUUGUGAGCCAUCAGGUAAAGUUUAACUUGAUCUACUUCUAUUCGAUUGUGCAGGUUUGGUAUAAAUCAUGAUUAUAAUGCAAAACUAUUUAGAGCCAGUUUAUGCUAUGAAGGUACAGGACAAAUACUGAAAUAUAAUAUAUUUUCUAAAGACAGAUUCAAAGGAUAAUAGUUUCAAGAGACAUAUUUAUAGAUAAUGGAAAAUGAUUUUCCACAAAGUACUUCCAGUCCAGGCUUUUCUUGCACAAUGCUUACAUUUCAUAUUUUUGCCAUCAUUAGACUGGAUUUGCAAAAAAAGCUAAGACAUAAUUCGUAGUAAAUAAUUGUUCAUUUUUAAGAUUACUUAUUGAGAAUGCCUCAAACUGCCAAAUGUUUGCCAUGAAGCUAAACAAAUAAUAUAUAUAUUCAUGUCUUCCCCAAAAAAUCGUCUCCUUAAGUCCUGCACUUAGUAAAGAUGUUUCCCUGAGAUCUAGCACUUAUCACACAACUGCAGACUGAUCUAUCUAUGAACAAGUUUGGACUAGAACUAUGAACACUCUUAACAAUGCAUCCUUUUUUGCAAACAUUUGCCAAAGAGAAGGGAACAGUGUCUUUGAAUGGAACUAUAGUGAGGAAAUAUUUAGUUUAGCCUUUGCACUGAAAUUUGUAGGCGCAAUUGUCUUCAGGUAACGUGUAUAUAUCCAUAACUCACUUCCUAACAAUAUUUCUCCCUGAAUGCUCCUCUGUCCUAAGCUGGUUGUAGGAACAGUUUAGAAAUAAAUGUCAUCGCCUUUUAGAAGACACCCGUUUUAGAAGAUACAUUUUGCACCUUAAACUCUAAACCAAAUGAAUUACUCUGACUGCUUCAGAAUUUAUGAUCCCAUCGUUGCUUCUUCUGAUGAUUUAUGGUGUUUUGGAGCCUCUGAGAUAGAUUCUUCAGCCAUAUUAAAGGAAAACAAAAUAAACGAUCAGCACUUGCAUCCUGUUGUCUGUAAGUAGGAAUGAAAGUGUUUUAGGCAAAUGGAACAUUCUGGCAUGAAGUGUUUAGGGGGAAAUUAGUCCAGUCUGCACACUUAGAAUCCCACAAUUAAAUUUCUUCCACUUUUCUACAUAGAACAUGCCUGUAUAGAAAUGAGUUAUAUUAAUUAUAUAAUUAUUGAUAUUACCCCUUUGUUCUAGUACUGUCUCAUGAAUGUAAUGGAUUUUGUACCUGUAUUUUUCUAUUUUCUAGCCACUCGGAUUUUUCUGAUAUGUGAUGGAAUUCUGCAAAGGAGAUUUACACUGCUUAUUCCGUUGUUUGCUACAACCUACAGUCAGAACAACAGUACAGACUUUUCUUUGAAGAAUUUAUGCAUAGCAGCAAUCUGUUCAACUGGUAUAUCAAGAGUUUUAUUUCUAAAAUUAUAUUAGCCUGGCUUUGCUGUAGGAUGCAAACAAAACUGUUGUGUUCUUGAAAAGCAAAGAUGGUUGAGAGAUUACGUAAACGAAUGCCAAACCCUAUGUACUUUGUAUAUUUAUUUCUAUUAUAUUUUUAUUGAUUUGCUUACCCCAAUAGUCUUAAUAAAGAAUAGUUGUGCUAAUAAUAGGAUGUAUGUUGUUAGCUUUCAAAGUUGUCAUUAAGUGAUCUUUAGGGCUUUUUCCUGAAUUAAGAUUAGGAAUUUUCCUUUCUGGAAGUUUCUACUUUGUGUGCUUGGAUCUAAUUUAUGUGAGAAGUACUGUAUUAUUUUAUAUGGACUCCGUUGUUUAUGCAUCCUUGCCUUACUGGACAGCCUGCUUAGAAGGGGGUCCCUUUGUCUCUUCCCUCCCCAUAACACUGCUGAUUCAGCAAAUAUUCCCUGAACACCUAAUAAAAUUAUAAAUAUUA